GCAAGACCAGAUCUAAGCUGGUAGUUAAGCUUAGAGCUUCUCACGCAGGUCCCCCACAUCUGUACCCUAAAGUUCAGAGUGGGGAAGGAACCUUGACAUGGUGGUAGCCGUGGGAUUUUUAGGAACCAAAAACCAGAUUUUUUUUCCUCUUUUGAGAUGCUGGGGAAGCAGUGAAGGAGAGAGACCCUGAAGGCAAACAGAUAAGAGAUUCUAACAGAUGGCUUUCUGUUAUAAGGGAAGCUCCAGCUGUGAUCACUGGAGGGUCAUUAACAUUGCCAAGGCAAGUCACAAAAACCUGUUUUACUUGUUUGUUUUUUUUUCUAAAGAGUCACAUUACAGUAACCAAAGAUUCCAAGCUGUUUCCUGCCCUCCCCCCCAAUAGCUAAGGUAGACCGGGGGAAAAUGUCAUGCAAAGGAAAAAAAGCCAUACAACAGCAGCUAGAAUUAGACAAACUCCAGGAUGAGGAGAGCCAAAAGGAACAUGACAGACAGAUAGACAGGGCUGAGGCUGCCCACAAAAGAACUAUGGAGGCGAGACAAAAAGAGAGAGAAAGCACGAACUGGAAUUAGCAAGGGCUAAGCAGGAAGUACCAGCCAACCCUAACAACCCUUCUCCAGGUACUGCUUCCCAUUCCAGAAAAUUCCCCACCUACAAGGCAGGUGAUGAUACUGAGGCCUUCUUAGAAAAUUUUGCAAGAGCCCGCCUUGGGUACAGCAUCUCUACAGACCAGUAUAUGAUAGAGCUGAGGCCACAGCUCAGUAGACCCUUAGCAGAGUUGGCGGCUGAAAUGCCUAAGGAACGCAUGAAUGAUUAUAAACUUUUUCAAACCAAGGCCAGAAUCAGAAUGAGGCUAACACCUGAGCAUGCCCGUCGGCGGUUCUGAGCCCUAAGGUGGAAACCAGACGUGUCAUUUACCCGACACAUCUACCACAUUGGAAAAAAUUGGGAUGCCUGGAUAUCAGGAGCAAGUGCUGAAUCUGUGGAAGCUCUAUCCUUCCUAAUGCAAAUGGAGCAGUUCUUAGAGGGUGUUCCUGAGGAAACUGAAAGAUACAUCCUAGAUGGGAAGCCCAAAACUGUAACCGAGGUGAGGGAGAUUGGAGCUAAAUGGGUGGAAGUGGCAGAAAAGAAAACAACUACUAGCAAUUGGAGCGAAUAUCAGAGGGGGCAAACCGAAACCAAACUCUAUCACCAGGGGCAAACCAAGGCCCCACCUACAACCCAAGGAAAGCCCCACACACCUUACUGUCCCACCUCACCAGUCUCCAGCAACCCACCUCGGCCCAGUGACCAGUCAGCUGGGCGAUGUUUUAAAUGUAAUGAACUGGGACAUAUAAAGGCCCACUGCCCCAAGAACCCCAACCGAGUACAGUUCAUUACACCACAAUCACACCAAAGAUCUCCAGGCCCAGAUGCCUCUCAAAUACCCUCGGAGCGAAGGGAAACCUUGAAAGUGGGCAGAAAGAAGGUUAUCACAUGGAGGGACACUGGGGCACAAGUGUCAGCUAUCCACCAAUCCUUAGUGGAUCCCCAAUUCAUCAUCCCAGAGGCCCAAGUGACAAUUCACCCAUUCAUGUCAAACUCUGUAGACUUGCCUACAACUGAGUUGCCUGUCCAGUACAAGGGCUGGUCAGGAAUGUGGACUUCUGCAGUCUAUGACAAUUAUCCCAUCCCCAUGCUACUGGGAAGACUUGGCCAACCAUGUGAAUCUGGCCAAGAGGGUGGGAAUGGUCACACGCACCAGGCCAAGCAAGCUUCCACCCCCAUCCCUGUUCCUGAGCCGCCCACCAGGGCCCUGUCUGUGUUACCAGAGACUCAGACAGAGGUGAUGGAACUGGAUCUUCUACCCAUGAAUGCUACAGCCACAGUGAAUCCAGUCCCAGAACCGGAACUGGCAAAGCAACCAGCACCAGAACCGUUGCCAGCACUGACUCCAGCGCUUGCAAAUCCAUCUACAAUUCCAACACCAGGGGACAUCAGCGGGCCUGAACUGACAGAAGCAGCAGACAACCCUACCCAAGAGGCUCAGCCAGAGCCUGAAAUAUCACACGGUGCACCAUCGGAGAGCAGUUCACAAUCAACAAAAACAACCCCAUCACCUACAUCGCUUCCAGAGGGACCAAGCCCAAGUCCACAGUCUAAGGAGGAACUGAUGUCUCCAGCAUCAAGGGAAUAGUUCCAGGCUGAGCAGGAAGCAGAUGACAGCCUUCAGAAAACUUGGGUGGAGACACGGAGCACCUCAUCGCCUUUCAGCUCUUCUAACCGAUCCCGGUUUGUUGUAGAACAAGGACUUUUAUACAAGGAGACUCUUUCUGGUGGACACCAGGAAGACUGGCGUCCUCAAAGACAGUUGGUAGUUCCAACUAAGUACCGGGUAAAGCUCUUAAGCUUAGCCCAUGAUCAUCCCAGUGGCCAUUAUGGGAUGAACAGAACCAAAGAUAGGUUGGGGAAGUCCUUCCACUGGGAGGGAAUGGGCAAGGACGUUGCUAAUUAUGUCCGGUCCUGUGAGGUGUGCCAAUGAGUGGGAAAGCCCCAAGACCAGGUCAAAGCCCCUCUCCAGUCCCUCUCCAUAAUUGAAGUCCCAUUUCAGCGAGUAGCUGUGGAUAUUCUGG